CAUCGACUUUCCUGAAUUAGUUUAUGUAAUCUGAUUUUAGGUAACUUCGACUGCUAUGCAACUUGUCCUUAAAUCAGUUGCAAUAUACAUUUUAAAUCGGGUAUUUUGAUUGAGUAAUUUAAAAACUUAGUAUAAAAAUCAUUAUAGCCACUUGAGGCACCGGUGACUUUUCUUAGGUGUCCAUGUAGUUGCCUGAUGUAUUGCAGCCAUUCAAUUUUCUGGAAUUGUCAGUACUGUAUCGUGUCCUUGUAGCUCAUCGUAGCACGGCUUUUUCCACUCUCUAUCUUCGUAAUCUAAUGUUAGUAGACUAUUGCUGGAGUUCUCUCCCUCGAUUUGAGUUUCCGCAUGUAAACGCUCAUAAGCAGGAUUUUUUUGCUCACUGAGCGUCAUUAAAGCACGUGCACGGAAUAGGUAUUAAACAUCCCUUGUUUUUAUUAACUUAAUUUUUGAAAUGGAGUGCCGUGUGUUAUCUAUACAGAGUCACGUUGUCAGAGGAUACGUAGGGAAUAAAUCGGCAUCAUUCCCAUUGCAGGUGCUGGGGUUCGAAGUGGACUCGAUCAACUCGGUGCAAUUCUCCAAUCACACAGGUUACGCUCAUUGGAAAGGACAGGUGCUGACUGCAGAGGAGCUGAAUGUUCUCUAUGAUGGUAUUAAACUUAACAAUGUCCACCAUUAUGACUACGUACUCACAGGGUACACUAGGGACACAUCAUUCCUUGAGACAGUGGUGGACAUUGUUCAGGAGCUGAAGAGGAUGAAUCCUAAACUGGUAUAUGUAUGUGAUCCAGUGAUGGGAGACCAAGGCUCUAUGUAUGUCCCUGAGAAUAUAUUACCUGUUUACAGAGAUAAGGUUGUAGCUGUGGCUGACAUCCUCACACCCAACCAGUUUGAGGCAGAGCUGCUGACGGGGAGGAAGAUCAACACAGAAAAAGACGCGCUUGAGGUAAUGGACUUGCUCCACCAAAUGGGCCCUGAUACGGUUGUACUCACCAGCACAGAUCUGCCCUCUCCUCGUGGGGACCAGUUCCUUGUGGCUCUCGGGAGCCAGAAAAUAGUGAGACCAGAUGGGACCAAGUCCACCCAGAAGAUUCGAAUGGAUAUGCCCAAAGUGGAUGCAGUGUUUGUGGGCACGGGAGACCUGUUUGCUGCCAUGCUUCUAGCCUGGACCCACCUUCACCCCAACGACCUGAAGGCUGCCUGUGAGAAGACUAUCUCAGUCAUGCACCAUGUUAUCAAGCGGACUAUGACCUACGCCAAUGAAAUGGCUGGCCAGGGUAAGAGACCCAACCCUGCACAGUUGGAGCUGAGGAUGGUCCAGAGCAAAAAAGACAUUGAGGACCCUGCCAUUGUAGUGGAGGCCACCGUCUUAUAACACCUCCUGAAUAGGCAUUUGUGUAUAGGAGUUUUAUGUCAUGAGAUUUAAUCAGACUUUGCCUUAUAGGAUCUUGUAGAGAGCACAAUGUUUUCAUGAUUGAGGUCAAUGAGGGUAUUUGCCCCAUACAGUCCAUACACUCAUACUUGAUCACUGCCACAUGUCUUUACUACGACCUGAGCAUUGUCACUCGUUGUGAACAUAGUAGAUGGUCAUUUUGGACCACAGUGGGUUUAUGGGUAUUAACAUAAAUCAGAGAGUCAUGGAUGUCUGAUUGGAGGACAAUAUGGCAUGGUCUCUGAGUUUCCCGUUGACAAUGUGAGUUGACUUGGUGAAAGAUCAUACUGUAGGCUUUUAAUAGAGUUCCAUCACAUGUUGUGCUAGCAUUAAACAUGUUAUGCAAUACUAAUCCAUGCACAUUGAGCAUCACCAUUUCAAUUGUAAUUAUUUUUUUGUUUUUGGUCAAAAUAAUAUUUUAUCAUUUGAAAAUGUUAAUGUUGUUAAUGUUCACACUUUUUAAUGAUGUGAAUGAUCCAUAAAUGUCUUUGACUGUUGUUAUUAUUAAUGUACUUUGUCCGUCCUAAUACUGUCAUUAUAUCAUACUUACAUUUCUUAAAAGUUACCAAUGUUUGCACAGAUAAUCUUGACACACGUAUUAAUGAUUAAUGUUAAUUACUGAAUGUUUUUCGUGGUCAUGUCUCGCUAUUUUCAUAUCAUUACUAGAACAAUGGCUUAUGCCUUAGCAGGGUUCGUUAGUGGAAUAACGGCGGUGAAUGUUUUGUAUCUAUGCCUGCCAAGGUAAUACAAUAAAUCUUUACACAAUGUUAGAAAGAUAAGUGCCACGUCUGAAGCUGCUGCUCUCAGUAAAUUAUUAAAAAUUAGGAAUAAUAAAAUAGAAAUCUUUUAA